CGGAUAACUCGGAUACCGAGAAUCGGACGGCCAUGAUGGGUUCUGUAGGUACCGAGGCAAUCAAUACGCCUGUUGUUGGAACGGAAAGCAGCGACUCUUCUGGUUCUUCCGUUCCUGCGGAUACUCCUCCGGAUGAAAAGCCGAAGUCAUCGCCUUCUGCUUCACUGAGAGAAAUUACUGGUCAGGAAGCUCUCCGAGCACACAUCGAAGAUUCGACGACCGAGGCUUACUCGACUGCGGAACGAUAUGCGUUAGGUCGACCUGUAAUUCUUGGCGAAAGGACAAUGAGUAGCGGUCAGGCGUCCAUCGCAGCACUUAUGCACGACGGCAAUGAUUCCCCUCAAGAGGAACAUGUGACUGGUGAUUCCUCUGCAUCUGCACCUAUCAUUGACAACAAAGAAGGUCCGCAUUUGGAUCAAGAGCAACCAGAUGACCCAUGACGGUUUUGGGCGACCCUCGGACUCGUCCUACUGGUGCUGAUCUAUUUGGUCCAGAUGCUCAUUCUGAAGGUCGCCGGGAGAAUACGUGGUUUAUUUUAUUGACCUUUAGAAGGUCCGCUCGUCACUGCGUCUCGCACCUGCUCAUAUACAUAUACGAUCUCAUGAUGUCCUCUUAUACCCUGCUUGACCUGUCCUGCUCUUCCCCAUGUCAACACAUGUCGCUGUCUCCAUGUUUCGCUUAGGUCCGAUCUGACACAUUCUCUGGGGGUUAUUGUACUCGUCUUUCAUACUGAACUUUGAUAUACACAAAUUGUACUUUAUGGCAUCCAUCCUUCUUCCUCUUCCACCACUCCGUGUUUUAUCUUAUUGAAAUUUCCUUUGUACAGACGUCUAUACUCAUUUGCUUCGCAUACCGGUCAUUUAGUAUUAGGUGCUCUCUGUCUUUUCGUUCAUGCAUGGUUAGCAUAUUCGGUUUUCCUCGCUCCUCAUAUGUUCC